UAUAUAAACUCCAUUCCUGAAGAGUUUGUAACUUGCGAUUUGUGAGCUUCAUUUCCUUCUUCAGCUAACAAAAACAAGAACAAAGAAAUCUUUCGAAUCCUCAAGAAAAGAAUCUAAAGAAGAUUCAAGAAGAGCUAAGAGAAAGCUUCAAGAUUCCUCAAACGAGCUUUUACUGACAAAACCUGAUCAAGUGCGUAUAUUCGAGGUCAGAACCUAUCAGGAUCUGUUGAAUGGGGGUAUCAUUCUCCUGUCCGUACACCAAGCAAGAAGACGUGGAGGCUUCUCUAGACUCCGUCACUGUCAAGUCCAUAAGCUUCGGUGAUGACAACGAGUGCAAAACUCCCAAGAGAUCCGUUAACUUCAAUGACAGAACUCUCGAGCCCACGAUCUUGAAAUCUAUGGGAUCUGGUGGUAAAAUGGUUGUCGAGAAGUCUGUCAGCUUCAAAGGGAUGCAGCUGGAGAGAAUGAUGGAGAAUGGCUUCGAGAUAGACAAUGCAGAGAUUGCUAGGGAACUCUCAGUUCUUGAUCCGAAGAACCCUAAACACGAAGCUGCUAUUAAGUUACAGAAAGUUUACAAGAGCUUCCGUACGAGGAGAAAGCUUGCGGAUUGUGCAGUGCUCGUGGAGCAAAGCUGGUGGAAGCUAUUGGAUUUUGCUGAGCUGAAGAGAAGUUCUAUAUCUUUUUUUGAUAUUGAGAAACACGAAACCGCGAUUUCGAGGUGGUCUAGAGCUAGGACUAGAGCAGCUAAGGUUGGUAAAGGUUUGUCCAAGAAUGGAAAAGCACAAAAGCUUGCUCUACAACAUUGGCUUGAAGCUAUUGACCCGAGGCAUCGGUAUGGACACAACCUGCACUUUUACUACAACAAAUGGCUCCACUGUCAGAGUAGAGAACCUUUCUUCUACUGGCUUGAUAUUGGCGAGGGAAAAGAAGUAAAUCUUGUGGAGAAGUGUCCUCGUUUGAAACUUCAGCAACAGUGCAUCAAGUAUCUUGGUCCGAUGGAAAGGAAAGCUUAUGAGGUUGUUGUGGAAGAAGGCAAGUUCUUCUACAAGAACAGCGGAGAGAUGCUUCAUACUUCUUCAAUGGAAGAAAGUGAUUCCAAAUGGAUUUUCGUGCUCAGCACGUCGAAAGUGUUGUACGUUGGGAAGAAGAAGAAGGGUACCUUUCAACAUUCAAGCUUCUUAGCUGGAGGAGCUACUGUUGCUGCAGGGAGAUUAGUUGUUGAGAGUGGUGUUCUUAAGGCUGUUUGGCCACACAGUGGACAUUAUCAACCUACUGAAGAGAAUUUCUUGGACUUUCUUUCUUUCCUAAGAGAGAACAAUGUUGAUAUCACUGAUGUAAAGAUGAGUCCUACAGAUGAAGAUGAGUUUUCUCUUUACAAACAAAGAAGCACUCACAUGAGAAACCAUUCUUUGGAAGAGGAUUUGGAGCCUGAGAAGAGCAUUAUCUUGCAAGACAAGGUUGAUCCAAUACAAGAAGAAACAACUCCAGUGAUGGCUAAUACCGAAACACCGAAAAAGAUGGAGUCUAUUAAAGUAUCUGAAGACUAUGAUUCUGGUGAUGAUGAGGAGGAGGAGGAAGAGAUUUUUGACUUAGAACAAGAACCAAUUCCUUCAGAGCAUAGCUCACCAAGAGGAGGAGAAGAAACCAGAGAGAGUGAGGUAGUGAAGAUUCCAGAAGAAUCAAUCCUAAAAAGGAUCAAUUCAAAGAAGGAAAGUAGAUCUUUCCAACUUGGGAAACAGCUAUCUUGCAAGUGGACAACAGGUGCAGGACCAAGGAUAGGUUGUGUAAGAGAUUACCCAUCAGAGCUUCAGUUUCAAGCACUUGAACAAGUCAACUUGUCUCCGAGAAGCGCUUCUGUUUCAAGACUCUGUUUCUCUUCCUUGUCUCACACGCAAACGCCUCAGAUGUCACCGUUAUGGCGAGGAAUGUCAUUACCUGCAGAUAUCAUCACACAUUCAUAACUGAUGAAAUUUUUUUAAUUACACAUUAAGUUCUUUCGAUCUGAUCUAUUCUUUUUGUGUGAAUAGUGACGAUGAUGACUUAAAAAUUCUUUUGUAUUUUUUUUUCUUCCCCUUUACUGUAACAGAGAAGCAUUUCAUUUGUUUAUUUCGUUUCUUGUUUAACAAGAUAUUACAUGUAUAAAAAAAAUGUUAGCUUCUUUUUUGUUUCUGGCAAAAGCCUGUAAUAUAUGGUUCAAGAUUCGCCUCUUUUUUUAUACUGUUAUUAGCUUUUAUUUACACUUUUUACAGCAAAUUUCUGCUCGAUUUUCAGGAAACGCAGUGAAGAUUCAAAACCCUAGGCUCUGGUUCACAUCUCAAGACUCACAAACCCUAGUGAUGCUUGCGUGGAAAGACAACUUUGUCCUUGAAGAGAGAGCUUAUUUGCCUUAUACGAACUCUAUACCUCUGGUGAGAACAAGUUUAAAGGUUUUGAAAGGCCCGUUAUUAGACUUGGUCAAGUAAGCCCCGUAUCGAUUAAUAGAUUGUUUGGCGCAACGACCAUGCCCUAGUCCUAGUCCACGCUUCUCCACCUACCAACCGAAGAAAUUAAGUCAAAACAUUUCAGCCUUGUUAUGUCACAAGAAAAUCUUUUGGCUUCUUCCCUUUUUUCCUACGACUGCAAUGUGUACGGCUAUAUCGUUUGCCAUUUUUUAUUAGAUAAGACUACACAUAAUGUAGUGCCGUGCCAACCAUCUGAGGGGGCUGAGGCAAAACAAGAUAAUAUGUAUUUAAAAUAAUAAUUAUAAUGUAAUUUAAAAUAAUAUAAGAUAUUAAAAAUAACAUUCAAAAACAAGGACUAUGUUUUAAGAGAUUUUAAUUUUCGUUUUUUAUAAAUCAUUUUCAUGUUUUAAAGAUACUUUUAAGUUUCUUAAAAAUCAGAAAAAUAACUAUUUAGUUUUUAAGAAAAAAAAACUAAAUAUGACACCACUAAAAAAAUUAAAAUAAAACUUAGUAUGUUAAAAAUUAACAUUCACACCACUAAAUAUGACAAUUAAAUAAUUUUAAAAUACAAACGUAUUUCAUAUAAACACAUUUGAGAAAAAAUUAAAAUAAAAUCUUUAGAUUUUGAAUAAAUAAAAAAACGUAUUUUAUAUAAUAUCAACAAUAUUAUUCUUGAUGCUUGGUUUUGAAUUCAAGUAGAAAACAUAAACAUAAGUAUUUUAACUAGUUGUAUACUAUUUCACAAAGACUUUUUAGAGAUUUGGAACCCCAAAAUUUUGUAAUUUAUGUGGGGGCCUAAGGUUAAUACUUUUUGGCUUUUUCAUAACACUCGUCCUUGAUGUUGAUCUUCAAAUGGUUGAAUGUAUUGGUCUAGAAGAGCUUUUAUUCUUGUUUCUGAUAAACAUUUUAGGCCAUUGCCUUUGUUGACCACGAACUCGGUUACUUGAGCUUGAUUUGUGAAUUGUGCGGUAGAGAUUUGAGCUUUGGCUUUGAGCUUUGUGUUUAAUAAAGAUUUGAGCUUUGCUUUGGAUUGUGUUGAAGCUGUUUUUAUACUAUCUCCUCUCUCUCUCCAACUAAUAUUCACAACACAAUCGAAAGCCAAAGCUCAAAUCUUUAUUCGACCAAAAUGGUUCCAACACUCUCUACGGCACAGUUAGCAGAUCCAGCUGAAGCAACGAGUUCGUAGUCAACAAAGGCAAUGGCGUAAAGGGUUUAUUAGAAACAUGACCCAAAGCUCUUCCAGACCAAUACAUUCAACCAUUUGAAGAGCGUCUCAUCAACAAGUUUGUCAACGAUGAGGCCAUUCCAGUCAUCAACAUGUUGAACCCCAAACAGAACAAAGACGCUGAAGCUAUUUGUGACGCUGCUGAGAAAUGGGGCUUCUUUCAAGUGAUCAACUAUGGAGUUGAUUUGGAUGUUCUUGACAACGUGAAGGCUGCGACUCAUAGGUUCUUUAACCUCCCUUUUGAGGAGAUGAGCAGGCUCGCAAAGGAGAAUUCUUUGUCGACCAAUGUUAGGUUCGGUACGAGUUUCAGUCCUCGUGCAGAGAAAGAUUAUCUCAGCCUCUUCUUUGUGUCCGAUACAAAAGUAUCUGAAGACUAUGAUUCUGGUGACGGUGAGGAGGAAGAGGAAGAGUUUUUUGGCUUAGAACAAGAACCAAUGCCUUCAGAGCUGAGCUCACCAAGAGGAGGAGAAGAAACCAAAGAGAGUGAGGUGGUGAAGAUUCCAGAAGAAUCAAUCCUAAAGAGGAUCAGUUCAAAGAAGGAAAGCAGAUAUUUCCAACUUAGGAAACAAAUAUCUUGCAAAUGGACAACAGGUGCAGGACCAAGGAUCGGUUGUGUAAGAUAUUACCCAUCAGAGACUCUGUUUCUCCUCCUUGUCUAGCACGCAAACGCCUCAGAUGUCACCGUUAUGGCGAGGAGUGUCAUUACCUGCAGACAGCAGUCAUAUCAUCAUCACACUUUCGUAACUGAUGAUUUUUUUUUUUAAUUACACAUUAAGUGACGAUGAUGACUUAGAAAUUCUUUUGUAUUCUUUUUCCUUCCCCUUUAGUGUAACAGAGAAGCAUUUCAUUUGUUUAUUUCCUUUCUUGUUUAACAAGAAAUGAUAGGUUAAAAAAGUGUUAGAUUCUUUUUAAACGCUUUGUAUGUUUUGGCAAAAGCCUGCAACAAACAUAAUUGAUCCAAUAUUCUCCUUUUAUUUUCAAAAUAUUGUUAUUAACUUUUAUUUAACCUUUAUUGCAAGUUUCAGCUCGAUUUUGUUUUGGACAAAACUCAGUGGAGACUCAAAACCCUAGGCGCUGGUUCACAUCUCAAGACUCACGAACCCUACUGAUGUGAGCGUGGAAAGACAAAUCUGUCCUCGAAAGAGACAGAUUUUAUUUCUUAUAUGGACCACCCUCAGCUCCUGGUGAGAACAAUUUUGGGCUUUUGAAAGGCCCAUUAGGCUUGGUCAAAACAACCCCGGUUAUAAUGUUGGAUUGUUUGGCGCAACAAGAACCAUGCAUAGUCCAUGCCUCUCCACCUACCAAAUGAAUAAAUCAAGAUUACUUAUCAAAAGUUUUAUCUUUGUUAUGUCACAAGAAAACAUUACGACUGCAAUGUGUACGCCUAUAACGUUUGCUAUUAUUAGAUGUGACCACAUAUAAAGACAUAAAUUCGUAAUAAUUUAGAAAAAAAAAGAGUCAAACACUACAUUUAACUAAACUAUGUGUUGUCGAUGAUGGAUAGAACAUUGUCUUCAAAAAGAAGAAGGCCAGAACAUAUUGAUUAACAACGUACUAAGUAGAUUUAUUAAGCGUAUGUAUGACUUCUGGAUCACUACAGUUAGUAACCCUUCAACCAAACCAAUCCAAAACUAAUCUAGCAUAUCAAUGGAUGAACUUUGAAAUUUCAUUGAUUUUUGAGUCAUGAAUAGCAUUAUAUUACAACCACAAGAACCUGCAUUUUUGUAAAAUGUCAAAACUAAUGAAAGAUAUAUAAUUUUCAUUGGGAUUACCUACAAAUUCAAAUGAGCAAAUCUCCAAAAUAACACCUUUCUAAGUUUAUAUCACAAAAAUAGUACUCAAAAACUAAAAUGACCAAAAUAGCAUUUUAUAUUUUGAAAAUUUUAAAUUUUUUUAUUUUUCAAAAUUUGAAAUCUUAUCUCCAAAACCUCAUUUCUCAACUCUAAACUCUAAAACCUAAACUCUAAACCCUAAACCCUAAAUUCUAAACCCUAAACUCCACCCCUUGAGUGCUAUUUUUGUGACUUUUGGCAUUGAGUGCUAGUUUGGGAACAAAAACUUGAUUUAGUGCUAUUUUGGUCUUUUUUUCAAUUCAAAUCUAUACUAAUAAAGUUGACUAGAAAGGCUCCACAAUGCGCCACCUCAGCGAAGGCUAUUCCAAAAUGUGACACGUGGCGUUAUUUUUUCAUUCUUUGUUUCUGAAAAAUGGGUUGUUUACUUACGAAAGUCUCAUGUUCCAUUUGAUUUAUUUGUUUGGGCCUAUCAUUAUUUCAGAAUCUCGGUCCAAAAGUCUUUCUUCUUCGAUCAAGUAUGGUCGGAACAAAUUAGCCAACAAAAACUGUUGGUUUACAUAACGCCCUCCCCCCGAAUUCAGUCAACCACAAUAAUGAUCUCAUUAAUGUCGUUCUCAUCACUACCUCCACUCUCUCGCAUUCAUUAGUUCACUCACACCACCAUGGAAACGUCUGAAAACUACACCUAUAACUAUAAAUACCAUAGUUGGAUUCAGUAAAAAUCAAUAAUCCCAUCAAAUCAUUUCGCAUUCUCUCUUCUUAUCAAAAAAAAAAAAUCCACAUCCUCUCUCUGCAGUUCAGCUAUAUUUAAUGGACACAGUGACCUACUUCUAACUGAAUUGAAAGCCGAAUGUUGUCCUAAACCAAUCGAGGUGCGAUUGCUCAUGUUGGGAGGGUUGGAAUGCAAAGAAAGAAAGUGAACUCAUGGGUGUGACAUGCUCUUGGUAGAUGAAAGGUAAACACAAAGAAGGUGAGAUGGAUGGUUGAUAAUUUCACGAGGCUCUCUGGUGAAUCGCGGUUCAUGGACCAUGGUAAGUAUGAAGUAUCAUAUGCAAAAACAUCAACCCCAUAAAAUUCUUUCCAUAACACGACUUCCCAGAUAUCAUAAUAUAACAUUAUCUCAAAAUGAGGACACAACACAAAAAGAAAAACAAACACAAAAUUGCUUAAAAAAUAUUUACAAUGAAGGUUAAGUUUCGUGCAUCUCAACACACAAUUUCCAUAACAAUAUUACAUAACAAAUAAAAAAUUACAAUAAAAAAAUGUGCAAACAAAAAAUAAGAAAACAUGUGACACCACUUACGUUUCAACUAU